GCCCGCGCGCCCUGACGCAGCCGACGCCGCGCGCCCAAAAUGGCGGCGCGGUCGUCGUCGGGGGCGGCGGCGGUAGAGGGGGCGGUGGCGGUGGCGACGGCGGCCGUGAGUGCGGCGCGGGGCCUGGGCCGGGGGCAAUGAGGCUGGCCCGCCGCGGAGCCGUGUAGCCGACACCCAGACCCUCCUCCCCGCCUCCGCCGAGCCGGGGGCGCGCGCGCGCGGCCGUCCGCCGCAGCCUUCCCCCUCCCUCCCUCUCUCCCGACUCCGAGGCCCCCGCACGGCUCCCCACCAGGGCCCGGAGGAUGAUGAAGCUCAAGUCGAACCAGACCCGCACCUACGACGGCGACGGCUACAAAAAGAGGGCCGCGUGCCUGUGCUUCCGCAGCGAGAGCGAGGAGGAGGUGCUGCUUGUGAGCAGUAGCCGCCAUCCAGACCGAUGGAUUGUCCCUGGAGGAGGCAUGGAGCCCGAGGAGGAGCCAAGUAUGGCAGCGGUCCGGGAAGUCUGCGAGGAGGCUGGAGUGAAAGGGACACUGGGAAGACUGGUUGGAAUUUUUGAGAACCAGGAGAGGAAGCACAGGACGUAUGUGUAUGUGCUCGUUGUCACGGAAGUGCUGGAAGACUGGGAAGACUCAGUGAACAUUGGCCGGAAGAGAGAGUGGUUUAAGAUAGAAGACGCCAUUAAAGUGCUGCAGUGUCACAAGCCCGUGCAGGCCUCGUACUUCGAGACGCUGAGGCAAGGCUGCUCUGCCAACAAUGGCACCCCUCUCGUGGCCACCUCCUACUCCAGCUCUGUGUCAGGCAUCAGAUGACUGCAGACUUCCUACCGGAGCCGGAGAGUGGAAAGCAGACUGAAGUGUGGCUCUCUCCACCGCUCCUCACCCUUCUCACAGCCCCCUCUUUCACCCAGGCAUGGCGGGCAGCAGAGGGGGUGCACUGAGGUGCUGCUGUGGGUGUGGGGUGAUGUGGGUGGGGUGUGGCGUGAUGGGAACUGUGUCCUCUUUCUCUUUUUCCUAAGGGUGGGGACUGGGAUGUAACUCACGAGUUCUUUCCUGCAUGCUCCAUUCUUCCCUUGCUCACCCACCCUCAGAGAGGGAACCCUUGGGCUCUGAAGCGUUCCCAUUUGCCUCAUCCCAGUCUGGCCAGAUAUUUUCUGAUUUCCCCCCUAUUAAAAGACGCCCAUGUGCGAUGAAACUUCCUA